AAAAAGCCUAAUAAAACUCCCCACCAUCUUGUAUCCAUCGUCCUCUCAGUGACACUUCUCUAACAAACCACUUAAUUAGCUUCUCACAAACCCCAAAACCAACCCCUUUUGUCCUUGUCUUGAACCGUUUCUAUCAUCUUUGAAAAUAAACUCCUAAGAUCCCUUGUCCUUCUUCUAGUCUUCCACCUCUCUUUCAUUUCUUGCUUUAAAGAAGAUGUCUACCGCCGGAAUCUUUACAGCUCCGGCCGUUACUGGGUCUGGUUGCCAAGGCCUCAAAGCCAACUCAACAAGACAGUUGUUCCCUGCAAAGGAUUCUAUUGGAUGGAGUCGCAAAACUAUCUCCAAUGGCUCCAGAACUCAUUGUAUGAAGACAUGGAACCCAAUCAAUAACAAGAAGUUUGAAACUCUAUCCUACCUCCCUCCACUUUCUGAUGACUCAAUUGCGAAGGAGAUUGACUACAUGAUUAAAAAGGGAUGGAUCCCUUGUCUUGAAUUCGAUGAGGUGGGGCAUGUGCAAAGAGAGAAUAGCCGAAUGCCAGGAUACUACGAUGGGAGGUACUGGACACUAUGGAAGCUCCCCAUGUUUGGGUGCAAUGACUCAUCUCAAGUGCUCAAUGAAAUCCAUGAAUGCAAAAAAGCAUACCCAAAUGCAUAUAUCCGCUGCUUAGCAUUUGACAACAAGCACCAGGGUCAGUGCAUGGCCUUUAUCAUUCAAAAGCCUAACACCACCACCCCCUAAGCCAUUGAUCUGACAUUGGGGUCUUUCUUGGAUGUCCUAGUUUUUGUUGUCUUGUCCCCUCAAUAAAUGGGUGUUGAAACUUGCAAGUGGAAAUACCAAAUAAUUAAAUAAGCUAUAUACUAGCACAUGGUUUUGGGCUUUCUUUUCUAGGACAGUGAGUGGUAAUGCCCAUGGUUUUCUAAAUCAGAGGUGAUUCUGUAUGAACGAUUCCAUUUGCGUACUCUUUAAAUAUGAAAAAUAAUGUUGAUUUCUUGAUUAA